GUGCGAAAUAGAAUUUUUAGAUUUUAAAAAAGCACUUCUUUAAAUUGCGAUUUAAUGGAUUUUUUUAAGCUGUGACUUUUUAACGAUGAAUCUUUAUUGAGAUUCUGGACGAUUUAGCAUUUGACAUUUGACUUAUCCAAGAGUGCUGAUUUGCGUCAUGCCAAAAGUAAACUUGCACCGGUUGGUUUGCCGCCUUUGGACGCCUCGGGUCUGGUCCGUUUGAUAACACGUAAACGAAGGUUAAAUCUCUCUUGAAGCAGUUCCGCGGAUGUAAACAACACAGUUUUUUGAAGUUCUUCGGUUGCAAAGCGGCAUAGUUUUAAGUCGUUUGCGAUUGGGAUUUCGGGGAUGUCUCUCGAUUUUGACGUCCUCGAGUACUGCAGGAAGCUGCGUACGACCAAACAGCCGCCGUACACUUGCCCGGUGGCCGAAUGCGCCAAAAGUUACAAGAGCAUCUGCGGCUUCCAGUACCAUUUGGUCAACUUUGACCACAACAGUCUCAAGAGCGGCGAUGGGCAGGGUUCGCCGGCCAAACCUCUUCCCGGCCACACGCCCGGCCGCAAGGCCAAAAAGCGGAAGCGAUGGACGAAAGCUCCCGAAACGCCAAAAACGCCGAAACUCCUUCCGCCGGCUCCCAGGGAGAAGAUGUCGUAUUCGGAAUCGCAGAGGUUCGUCGAGUUCGAGAUCGACGAUGAAGUGUUCCGAGUAGCGAUGGACGCGCCCAUCCCCAUCAUCAGCAAGCACAACUACGAGGUGAAGUACGGUACGAUCGGCAAUUAUAACUUAGACUUGUCCAAGAGCAAAGAUUCCGUUUUGAAACUCCCCGAGCCCAAAUUCAGCAUAAUCGACGAUUACGGGGAACUCGAGCCGUUCGAGAAGCCAUCCGGUUACAUCAGAUUCAUCGAAAGGAGUGCGGAAGACCUCGACGAAGAAGUCGAGUACGACAUGGACGAGGAAGAUUCAGUCUGGCUCGAUAUCAUCAACGAUCGGAGAGAAGAAAGCGGUUUUCCUCCUGUUUCAGUCGAAGCUUUUGAACUUUUGAUGGAUCGUUUGGAAAAAGAGUCAUAUUUUCAGAUGAAAACGAGUAAUAAGCCUGAUGAAGUCGGAACGAUGAUAGACGACGAUGCCGUCUGUUGUAUAUGCAUGGAUGGCGAGUGUCAAAAUUCAAAUGUCAUAUUGUUCUGUGAUAUGUGCAACUUGGCUGUUCACCAGGACUGCUAUGGCGUACCGUACAUCCCAGAGGGCCAGUGGUUAUGUAGAAGAUGUCUCCAGAGCCCGUCGAGGGCUGUCGACUGUGUCCUUUGCCCCAACAACGGUGGUGCUUUCAAACAGACCGAUCGAGGUCAUUGGGCCCACGUCGUCUGUGCCUUAUGGAUCCCAGAAGUCAGAUUCGCCAAUACUGUAUUUCUCGAGCCGAUCGACAGUAUUGAAACGAUCCCGCCUGCUAGGUGGAAACUGACUUGUUACCUCUGUAAACAAAGAGGAGUCGGUGCGUGUAUUCAAUGCCACAGGACAAACUGCUACUUAGCUUUUCAUGUCACUUGUGCCCAACAAUCAGGCCUUUAUAUGAAAAUAGACGCUGUAAAGGAUUCUAUAACUGGAAAUGAACAGGUCCAAAAUAUAGCCUACUGCACCACCCAUACACCGCCAGAUGCUGAAAAACCAAAGAUUCCAGUGGCCACUUCUCCAAAAGUAAAGAAAACCACUACUGCACCUGUGAUAUCCAUUCCGACAAUUCCCCCAGAAAGAAUACAAGAAAUUGGGACUCUAAUAAACGUUCCAAAGAAGAAUCAAUUCAUACAAAGGCUAAUAGCAUAUUGGACUUUAAAAAGACAGCUCCGAAACGGUGUCCCACUGCUUAGAAGACUCCAGACAACACACAUGUCUAAAAAAGGUGACGCUCAAGCUGCAGCAAAAGGAUCAAAUGAUGUCGAAGAACUCAGAAAACAGCUUAAAUACUGGCAGCGCUUGAGACAAGACCUCGAAAGAGCUCGCCUUCUUUGUGAACUAGUUCGCAAAAGGGAAAAACUCAAAAAAGAACUAGUAAAAGUUAAAUCACUUUGUCUAGAAAUGGAACUGUGCCCGUUGAUGAGUUUUUUGAGGAGACUUCUUGACAUGAUACGGGCUAGAGACACAGGAGAAAUAUUCAUAGAGCCAGUUGAUCAAACUGAAGUUCCAGACUACAGCGACGUCGUUAAAAACCCCAUGGAUUUGUCAACUAUGAGAAAUAAGAUUGAAGCCUUCGAGUACAGCAGCCUUCAAGAAUUCCAAGCCGAUUUUCACCUCAUGAUCAACAACUGUCUUGCCUACAAUUCCAAAGAUACCAUAUUUUACAGAGCAGCGCUUAAAAUGCUCGACCAAGGGGGUGCACUUUUAAAACAAGCACAGCAAGACUUAGACCUCCUUGGUUUGAACACAGGUUGCCUUUCGCCUUCAUACUCUGAUGUCCUCCAGGAUGACAAUUCUUCAAAAGACUGUGAUUUUGAAAACAAGAAGAACGACUCUUUACAUACAUCAGACAUCGACACUAAACUGGUGAAUCUGACUAAAGAGCAGAAUACCAUGGCGAAGAAAGAUUUGUUGAAAAAAUUAAAUGAUCUCUUGGAACUAACAAAAAAUAUAAAGCCUGGCCAAGCGAGAAAAAAGAGGAUAAAAUUAAUUAAAACUCUGCUAGCAAAGGUGAAAAGAACUAAAAAACCAAAUGAAGGAAAGGAUAAAGAAAAAAAGGGAAAAGAGGAUUUAUUCACGCCUGAAAUUACUACACAUUUAGAAAGGAGGAGCAGGAGAAAAGAAAUCUCACCUGUUAAGGAUGAAAAUCAGAGUGAAAGUACUGUAUCUUCAUCUUCCUCCCCCACAGGAAUUAAUCGUAGAACAGCUGUGUUGUUCACAAGAAAAGCAGCAGCGGCGAGUAAAGUCAAUCCUGAUCCACCUUCAAGAAGACGCGGCCGGCCCAGUAAAAAUGUAGAAACGCCGAAGUCAGACAGUUUUAGCACGUAUCGCAGUUCGGAAUUGAAUGUGAAAUCAGACGAAGAAUCACGGUCUGAAGGGUCAAGCUGUUCUGAAUGCGAUUCGACUGCAAGCAGGUCUGGUUCAUCGUCAGAUUCGGAUUCAGAGUGGAGUGAUAGUGUGGCAAGCUCACCAGAGAACACUUCCAUGGAAGCUCUCGAUCAGCUACAGCUCGUCUGGGCAAAAUGCCGAGGCUAUCCUUGGUACCCAGCGCUCAUCAUCAAUCCGAAAAUGCCUAAAGGCUAUGUGCACAACGGGGUCCCGAUUCCCUCUCCACCCGCAGAUGUAAUUGCAUUAGCCAAUAACUACACGGAACCAGUUUAUCUCGUUUUGUUCUUCGACGCGAAGAGGACUUGGCAGUGGCUUCCGAGGAACAAAUUAGAACCUUUAGGCAUCACUCAAGAAUUGGACCACAUCAAGCUGACAGAAUCAAGAAAACCUGCUGAUAGAAAAGCUGUCCGGAAGGCUUACCAAGAGGCUAUGUUGCAUCGCACUCAAAUUGACAAACCUUCUAAUGAAAAAUAAAUAUUUGUAAACUUC